UUUCACAUAAUUUUCUGUUUAAUUCUGUCCAUGAAAUUACUAAUAAGUGAGAACAAAUGUCCUGAUUCAAGUAAAAGUAAGCUCUAUAUAAUUUAAUAAUUCGCAAUUUAUAUUGGCAACACUAGCACCAACCCUUCUAUUUGAAGCAUAAGCAUAGAGUCAAAAUAUAACCUUUGUUAUGAAAGCCGUCAAUAUUUUUAUUCAUAUUUAUGGAAUCCAGGAACUAGAUACAGUAAAAACAAACAAAACUUAUUACUUAUAAUGGAUAAGAAAAAUUCGUCAGAGCUGGAAGUCAAAUAUCAAAAAUUAGCAACUGAAUUUUCGAAGGUUCGAACUCAUGCAACAGUACUCAAAAAAGCACUCUUGGAUGAACAAGCCAAGAAUGUUGAACUAAAAGAUGUUGUUAAAAAGCAUGAACAACAAUUGAGAAAACACAAUCAAGAAAUGGAUAGUUUGAUGUUUCGCAAUGAUCAGCUGAGUAAGAGAAUAGCAGUUUUACAACAAGAAUUACUCACAAAUAAUAAAAAAGGAAAACAAAAGGGCAAUAAUGACUUGUGCCACCAACCGGAUCUAACUGUUAUCAAUGAAGAAUUACAGAAAAAAAUUGUGGAAAAUGCACAACUGUUAAGCAGUAUGACAGAUAAAGACUUUGAGAUCGAUAAUAAUAAAGAAAAAAUUCAAUGGUUAGAAAAUAAAUUGAAAAAUGUUCAAGAUAAAUAUGAAGAUAUGGAAAAAAAUUAUUCUGAUAUGAUUACCCAACUGAAAAAUCAAAAUAGUGUAAACACAGAACUUUUUCAAAAUGAUAUACAAUCUCAAAGUUCUAUCGAUUGUUCAAGGGAGUGUGAAGAUGAUCUAGAAGAAUUAAAGAAAAGUUGGCAAGAUGAAGUUGAACGAUGGAAACUUGAAUGUGAAUUGUUGAGAUCUAAGCCUACUUCAAAUGAGCAACUCACAAUAUACUAUGAAUCGCAACUUAGGGAAAUGCUAGAAACCAAACAAUUGUGCCUCUCGGAAACUAAAACAUUAUGGGCUGAAAAUACAGCUUUGUGUCAAAGACUUGAAAAUUUGCAACUAGAAUAUAAAGAAACCGAAUCACAGUUAGAAGUUAGAAAAGAAGAACUUAAUACUACUAAUCAUAACUAUAAAGUACAAUUAGAUGCUAUGACUGAGCAUUUAGCUGCUCAGAAUGAUAAAAUCACACAACAAUCUGAUGAAAUUGAAAUGCUCCGACAUAAAUUAUUAUCUAAAAAACAAUAAUAUUAUGUACCAUAUAUAUAUACAUAUAUUUUCAGUUGCCUAAGUAUUUAUACAUAUUUACAAUAAGAUAGUAAGUAUUGUUAUCGCUAUACCUAAAUUUUAUCUUGUAGAAAUAUACAUUCCAUUCACUAUGGCUUUUACCAAA